AUGAUCACAAAGAAGAUAUUUCAUAUAAAUAUGAGAAUUUUACUGAUAAAUUUGCUGGCUUUAUUGCUUUUCCGAUCGUUUGUAACCAUUUUUCGAUCUUCAUCUUUUAUCUACCGUAUGUUGGCUUACAAGGAUCCAUGUCUCUUUCUAAUGGACUCUCUCAAGUGCACUAUUCUAACCAGUUUUGGUUCAGCACCUGUCAAAUGUCUUGCACAUGCAUUUACUGCAAUUACAAUUGAACGAUUUCUUGCUAUGUGCUUCUAUCAACGCUAUGAAAAAUGGAAAUAUCCAAUUGCUCUUGCAUUUAUACCACUUACGUGGUUCGAAUUUGUAAUGCAAAUGAAAAAUAUAAUUUCAAAAUUUCACGAACUAAUGACACACUAUGAAAGUCAGAAGACGUAUAAAAGUUAUUGCUCAUCGAUUACUGUCAACAGUAUUCCAUACUUAAAAUUGAUACUCGAAAUACCAAUUUUAAUUGGAGUAUUCUUUCUACUUCUCAUAACACGUAUUAUCAGCAAGAGAAAAAUGAUUCUUCAAAUGCGAGCAUCAGUUGAUACGUUAUCAUCACGAUAUCAAAUCUGGGAAAAUAUGAAAACAUCGAAGACAAUGUUUAUCGCAACAAUAAUGUUUAUCAUAAGUUCCUUCUUCAAUCUGUCUGGAACGCUAUUGUUGAUAUAUUUUCCACCACCUAAUUUCUUGAAUUUUGCAAUUUUCAAAGAAAUGACAAGCUUUGCAUUGACAAUAUUUAUCAAUGCCAUAUCAAUUUUAUUCAUUGUCAGAGUGGAACAGAUGCAUGAUAAGACAAUUAAACGAUUAUUUCAUUGUGGAUGUUGUUCGUCUAACAAAGUGGGUGACAAACAGAUGAACCAGCCAUUGUCAGGUCGACAACAUAUCGAAAUUAUCGAGCAAAUGUGGGAAAAAGAAAUUCGCAAAUGA